AUGACAAAAGAAAAAAUAGAAAGAAAAAUAAAAAAUUUACUUAGUCAUUUUGCAAGGGAAGUGAAGAAAGAGAAAGAGAGCAUGAAGUCAGGCACUGGCGCAGAUGACAUUUUUAAAAGUAAAUGGUAUGCCUAUAAAAGCUUGUCAUUUUUAAAAGACAAGAAUAAAGCAAGAAGGACAGUUGAUACGGAGAAUAAGGUUAACAGCGCAUUGGAAUGUUCGGAGGAAGACUCCGAUGAAAAUGAAAUUGAAGUUGAGGAAGACUCUUCGGAUUUCAUUAAUACAGAGAGUCAAAAAUUUGUGUCGCCGAAAAAUAUACCAUCGAGGAAGAGGAAAAAUGAUGGUGAUGCCAAAGAAGCGUACAAAAUAUUAAAACAUAUGUAUUCUAAUAAGAAGAUAAAAGACGAAUACGACCUUUAUGGCGAACAAGUUGCCAUAAAAAUUAGGAAACUACAGACUCCACAAUCCAGAGCAAUAGUUCAACAUUUAAUCAAUACCACAUUAUUUGAAGCGGAAAUGGGAAAAUAUAAUAAUUUUCCAUCCUUUAAUAACCCUAACCCUAACCCAUACACACAUAAUUACACAUCCCCUAUUUCUAGUAGUACAUUUCCUUUUACAACACAAUCAUCAAAUAGCCCUCAAUCCACAAUAAACAUACAAGUGCCGUCUCCAUCACUUACUCCUACAUUGUACACCUCCACUCUGUGGUGGAUCGGCUAG